UUUUAGCUUCCCCCAUCCUGCAAGGCCACUCAACCAUGUGCGAGCUGGAGUAAUCUUUAUUCACAAUGUCUCUACAAAGGCUCAUGCAACAGAGCUGCAAUGGCAAUUUGGUGGACUACAGUGCUGGUCCAGCAUAUAACUCUUACUCCCCGCUCACGGGCAGCUUCCGAAUGGAUGAUAAUAGAAGGAUUCAAAUGCUGGCAGACACUGUGGCUACUUUGCCUCGGGGAAGAAAGCAGCUUGCUUUGACGAGAUCAAGUUCUUUAGGUGACUUUUCCUGGUCUCAAAGAAAGCUCAUUACCGUGGAAAAGCAAGAUAAUGGAACGUUUGGAUUUGAAAUUCAGACUUACAGGCUGCAGAACCAGAACCUGUGCUCCUCAGAGAUGUGCACUCUGAUUUGCAAAAUCCAGGAGGACAGCCCAGCACACUAUGCUGGCCUGCAAACUGGUGAUGUCCUUGCAAAUAUCAAUGGCGUGAACACAGAAGGCUUUACCCACAAACAAGUUGUUGACCUGAUCAGAUCUUCAGGAAACCUGUUAACGAUAGAGACUCUUAAUGGAACAAUGAUUCUCAAAAGAGCAGAGCUUGAAGCAAAGCUGCAAGUUUUAAAGCAAACCUUGAAGAAAAAAUGGGUGGAGUUCAGAUCGCUGCAGUUACAGGAACAGCGUCUGCUUCAUGGUGACACAGGUAAUUGCCCAAGUUUGGAAAACAUGGACAUAGAUGAGUCGGUUUUGUUUGGAACCCUGCCAGGCCCAGGCCUGGCCCUCCUGGACCGGAAUCGCCUAUCCAGUGAGAGCAGCUGUCUGAGCUCCAUGACGAUGGACAGCGAGGACGGCUACCAGACGUGUGUGUCUGAGGACUCCAGCAGGGGAGGCUUCAGUCGACAGACAAGCACAGAUGAUGAGUGCUUUGUCCCCAAGGAUGGGGACGAUUUCCUGAAGAGGUCUUCUUUGAGGAGGAACCGGAGUGUUAGCACGGCCAGCAGUGGGUCCAUGUCCCCCUUGUGGGAGGGCAACUUCUCAAACAUGUUUGGGACCCUGCCCCGGAAAAGCAGAAGGGGCAGUGUCCGGAAACAGCUCUUAAAAUUCAUCCCUGGCCUUCACCGUGCAGUGGAAGAGGAAGAGAGUCGCUUUUGAUGGGUUGUCCUGACCUUUCUUAUUUCGUAAAUAUCUCUGGACUUGUUUAGACUAACUCCACCCAGCCUGGUGGGAAAUUGCAGAUGGAUUGCAAAACUGAAACUCCAUACCAUGACGAUAGAUAGUGACCUUUAUUUAAAUUUUUGUAUCAUAAGGUUUGCUUCUUAAAUCAUUUUUUGUAACCAGAAAAGCGCAGGUGAUAAACAGAAAGUAGGGGAACUAGGUAAUAAGUUGGAUAAGAUGACAAAUUAAGCACAUUCCUGCUCAUCCUAAUGCUGCCUGGGAAGACAAGGGUAAUAUUUAUUUUCUAGAUUGUGUGAAAAAUUGAGAACUUUUCAGUCAAGUGUAAAUAAAAGAGUGAUGGAAUAUAAUUAUUUGGGAUACCUUCCGUAGGUUCAUUGGUAGGUCAUAAAACUUUGCUUAAGAUCAGUAGCCUCCAGGGAGGCUUAAUAAUAGGUCAUUUUGAAUGUUUCUGUUUACAUCUGUGAAGGAUUAUAAACAAAGAGGAUCAUCAGCUA